UUAUCGGUGCCACUCGUUUGGUAGAUAUGUGCUAUACUGCCAUACUGGUCAAUACUGUCGUGUGGUUUAUUAUAAUAUAUCAAAUUUUGUCACUUUUAUUUUCGUUCAGAUUUGAUGGCGAUGAAGCGAAAUAGGCUACCAUUACCAUAUGGUUUUUUCUUUUUCUUUUCGUUCAGCGAGUCAUCUGCAGCAGCCUGAUAAUCGUCCAUGCUAUAGUAGAUACCUAACCUACAUUAGUAAUAGAUUAAUUGAAUCUCCUACAGUUUUUGUGAGUGUAAAUGGUUUGUCAAGUUCAAGCACAUCUCUCGUAACUGGAGUUAACCAUCUGCACGUGCUGAAGGUCAUUCAGAAUCAAUUAUUUUUGCAAUUUUUUGGAUCUCGACACUUCCGCAUGGGUGAAAUCAAUUGGUGGUUCAGUCACAAUUUAAGAACCGAGUUCUGUGCUUCUGGUUUUGUUUGUGGAAUCGUAUCGGGUGCAUUAGAAAUCAUCGACAUCGCCUGUAUGAGGAUAGUUAUCGCAAGAAUCAUGAAUACACUUGCCAUGAUGGACAAUUUCAUGUUGUUUGUUGCCGCAGAGCUGAAAUAAUUGCAAACCGUAAAAUGUUCUUGGAAAAAUUCCGGAAUAGAAUAAAAAAUUUAAAUGUUUUGCGUCUUUGCAAGAAAGUAUAAGGUAUAUCACGAGACAGAAAAAUAAUUUUCGGAAAUCGCGGAGCGUAGUACACGUAAAAAUGAAUCUGGAAUACGAGACAGAAGUAGUGAUCAGCGCUCCUGCGAACCCCAUUUUAUGCCCCGGCUGAGGCGGCGGCAUUUAUUGAAUAUAAAAUAGUUUUUAAUUGGACAAUAUAAAUUAUUACUAGAUUUUAUACAUUUUUUAUAUCAUAAUAUACAUAUUACAUAUAUAAUUAUAUUAUAAUAUCAAAAAAUGUAUUAAAUUAUAUAUAAUUUGUACAAUUAAAUUGCUAAAUGUUAUAAUUAAUUAAAUAUAAUUAUUAAUGAUAUAUAUUUUAUGUAUAUAUAUCAUUACAUUAGUUAAUAUCAAUGAACAUGGAAAGACGCGUUUUGUUGACUUGUGAUUUUUAUGGUUGUUUCCACGUUUUUUUUUAUGAUGUUAUAAGAUAAAGUUCUGAAAAUUUUCACUGCACUUCUCCUAGCCAAUGUGAAUCUAACAAGACUCAAACAACAAACUUCGCUCUCUGGUUUCAAAGAUCUAUAUCACUAAAUGAAAAUAAAUAUAAAAUAUAUUAUACUA